GAGAUAGACAGAGGGGAGGGGUGAGCGAACAUAAGAGGUAAAACAGCGAAUGAGGAGAGCAGCAGCACACCGAUCAGUUACUCUCCGCUGGUGCACCGACCCUGAGAAACACCAUCCAGUCAUUAGAUCGCCCGUGAUUCUGCUAUGCACAUCGGACGAGGAGACGCCACUUGCGCUUUGGUUUUGGACUGGUGUUAAAGCUUUAACUGUGCAUCACAGGACAGGAUGGAGCAUUGGAGACAGUGUGCGUUAUGGCUGAUCAAUUGUAAGGUUUUGCCACCGAACCAUCGGGUGACAUGGGAGUCCGCUCAGGUGUUCGACCUGGCGCAGACCCUGAGGGAUGGGGUCCUCCUGUGCCAGCUCCUCAACAACCUGAGACCCCAGUCCAUCAACCUGAGGGAGAUCAACCUAAGACCUCAGAUGUCACAGUUUCUCUGCUUGAAGAACAUCAGGACAUUUCUGCAUGCCUGCUCAGAGAUAUUCGGCAUGAAGAAGAGCGAGCUGUUCGAGGCUUUCGAUUUGUUUGACGUUCGAGAUUUCGGAAAGGUUAUGGACACAUUGUCCAAACUCUCUCAUACACACAUUGCACAGCAGACUGGAAUAAGGUCGUUUCCCACAGAAGAGAGUGUUGACGAUGAAGACAUUUAUAACCACCUAGAGGAUCUGAUAGAUGAGAACGGCGUUGAAGAUGAGGAAGAUCUCUAUGACUGUGUGUACGAUGAUGAUGAGGGAGGAGAGGUGUAUGAAGACCUGAUGAAGGUCGAGCUGGUACAACCGCAGAAACAGGCCGAGACGGACAUCCGAAGCUGUUGUCUGAUGGAAAUCAAACAGACCGAGGAGAAAUACACAGAGACGCUGGACUCCAUCGAGAAAUUCUUUAUGAAGCCUCUGGGACAGUCCCUGUCCAGAGUGGAGAUCGAAAAAGUGUUUGUCAAUAUACCAGACCUUGUGAAAGUGCACAUGAGUCUUCUGAGGGAAGUCCAGGAUUCAGUGCUCAUGCAUAAUGCCAGUAACCUGUAUCAGAUCUUUAUAAAAUACAAAGAAAGAUUAGUCCUUUAUGGGAAGUACUGCAGUCAAGUAGAAAUAGCCAUUGCAUGUUUGGAUGACAUCUGCAAGAACAGAGAGGACGUCAGGCAGAUGUUAGAGUUAUGUUCCAAGCGAGCCAAUAAUGGGAAGUUUACUCUGAGAGAUCUGCUGGUGGUCCCAAUGCAGAGAGUUCUGAAGUAUCAUCUGCUUCUACAGGAACUGGUGAAACACACCCAUGAUGCCACAGACAAGAGUAAUUUACGGCAGGCGCUGGAUGCCAUGAAGGAUCUGGCUCAGUAUGUCAACGAGGUGAAGAGAGACAUCGAGACUCUACAAAACAUCGACCAAUACCAGAAAUCUAUAGAAAACCUUAAUCAGUCUCUCCGUAACUAUGGGAGACCAAAAGGUGACAGCGAAGUGCGAGUAGCUUCAGUCGACAAACGAGCCAAACAAGACAGGCACAUCUUCCUGUUUGAUUCUGCCGUGAUCGUAUGCAAACGACGAGGAGAUAACUACGAGAUGAAAGAGGUGAUUGACCUCCACUCCUUCAAGAUCACCAACAACCCUACCUCAGAAAGAGAAAACCGAAAGUGGUGCCACGGAUUCUACCUCACACACAAUCAGGGUCAGAGCGGCUUUGAGUUCUUCUUCAAAACCAAGGAACUAAAGAAGAAAUGGCUGGAGCAGUUUGGCAUGGCAUUAUCGAACAUCUGUCCAGAGAGCGGGAAAAGUAAUUUCCAUGAGUUCCGCAUGCACACCUUUGAGACGACCACAUCCUGCAGCUCGUGUGAAAUGCUGCUGAGAGGAGUCUUCUAUCAAGGGUACCGCUGCUCCAAAUGUGGUGCUGGCGCCCAUAAGGAGUGUCUUGGUAGGGUGGAUUUCUGUGUCAAAAGCAGUGCCGAUUCCAGCUCUUUCGGACCACAGAUUGGAAAAACACCCUGUCGUGGAGGAGAUGCAGGUCUACCUAAGAUGCAGGUCAUCCAUAAUUAUUACGGGGUUCCAAGCCCCCUGUGCGGCCCACCGCUUAACAUCCAGGUUGGUGAUGUCAUUGAGGUGAUAGAGGCAAACAUCCGUAGCUGUUGGUGGAAGGGUAAAGUCCUGGCAACUAAGGAGGUUGGCUUCUUUCCAAGCAACGCAGUGAAGCCUUGCCCAUGUGUACCAAAACCUGUUGACUACUCUUCUCAGCCUUGGUUCGCAGGCCCAAUGGAGAGGCUUCAGGCAGAGGCCGCGCUGCUCAACAGGAGAAGCAGCACAUACCUGGUCCGUCACAGAAGCCGAGAGUUUAAUGAAUAUGCCAUAAGCAUCAAGUACAACAACGACGUGAAACACAUCAAGAUCUUAACAAAGGAAGGACUCUUCCACAUUGCAGAAAACAGGAAGUUCAGAAGCAUUUUAGAGCUGAUCGAGUAUUACAAACAUCACUCUCUGCGGGAAGGAUUCAGGACACUUGAUACCACGCUGCUUUUCGCCUACCGAGAGCCGGAGAAUGGAGCCAACACCCCGCUGCUCUGCGGGCUGUCUUUUCUUACUCCCGCAGGCUACAGCUUUGUCCCCCCCUCUUCCGCCCCAUUCUGGUCAGUGUUCACUCCUAAGGUGUUGGGUGUGGCGAUUGCCCGCUACGAUUUCAGCUCUCGGGACACGCGGGAACUGACUCUGCAGGAGGGUGAUGUGGUGAAGAUCUACAGCAAAACUGGAGCCAAUGGCUGGUGGAGGGGUGAAGUUAAUGGACGGGUGGGCUGGUUCCCCUCCACAUACGUAGAAGAAGGCGAGGAGUGAACGGCUCAGAGAAAGGAAACAGUGAAAAAAGCAUACGGACUGAGUCAGAAAAAGGGCAAGCAAUUGGCUGGUGCUCUCGCUCUCUCUGUGUCUUGUUUGUCUAUCCUGGAGGACGUGCAUGGUGUUUGAUAGAUGAAGGACUGUCCCUCAGGGAGCAGAUUAUCAAACACAACCCCAGACCACAUCUUCAAAGACCCUUCCGGGCGCCUGGAUGGAGCGUCGCGGGUAAAUCCGAGCCUGAGAUGGAAUGCACGGAAUCCUAGACUGAGGUGAUGCCGUGAGCUAGUUGUGUGUGUGCGUGUGGCAGUUUGUCUGCUCAUGGGGAAACAUGCUUGUCCUGACCUUGCCUGAGUCCUCCUUACCUGCACUAUUAUUGAUGACGCCCCCCUCCCCAUGUCUGCACUGCCCCGGAGGUGUUCUCACACACGGCCCACAAUCCCACCCAGCUAUUCAUCUCCGAUUAAGAUCAUAGCUCCCUGCCGUGUAAGCUGCGGUAAUUGAUUGCUGUCUCUUCCCUGUUUCUAUCCUACAAAAAUCUCUUAUUGUCAGAUUUCCACUUAAAAGGAAGGACCGGUUGUUUUGUACGUCGCUUGCUUAUCUCCAGAGAUAUAUUGUGGGCUUGUCAUGCCCUGUUUAUCUGAUUUGCACGGUACUGCGUCGUCGGAGACACGCAGCAAGAUGUUGACAGGAAACAAAGAGGGUGGCAGUGAUAGGCCUGUAAACAGCUUUUUCAGCAGGGGCCCACGGCCCCUAAAGCAUUGUGUCACACCAUCCAAACAGGAUCAUGCUAGAUAGCAUAGACAGUGCCUUCUCAAUCAACUAAUGAGUGGGAUUUGAAACCAACUGAAAAACAAUGAGCAAGGCAAUUCUGCUUGAGUGGAUCAGAUCCUUAAAUGUGAUGAUGUGCAAACUAGUGGUUGAC